UGCGAAUUACAAUCCAAUUACGCCCGUGGAGUCAAUCGACUGAGUUCUCGACUACGAGAGGUUUUAGAAUCAGCUCCUAAAAGCACUGUGCAUGACUCAUGGCUACGUAUCUGUGGUGUAAUGGAUACCGAAGCGAGAAUUCACCAGAAUUCCGCUUUGGGUAUCCUGGAAGGUCUCGUUCGGCCGUGGAUUGAGCUGAUUGAAGAAUUGGCCAAAUCUCGGCGUCCGUUAAAACAUCAAGUGGAACGGGCAACGCACCAACUGCUCACAUUGUCCGCCGGCGAACUUCGCACGAAAAAAAAGUUGUGUGCAGCCUAUCGAGCGUGUGAACGGACUUGGUUCGGUCAUGUUCAAUCCCUGCGAACGCGGGCUAAACCCAUUCAAAUCAAUGGCGAACUGAGUAGUUUGGAUGAUUCGGAAAUCAGUGCGAAUCUUACCCCGAACGUCACAACUGAGCCCAACCGCCGACCACUCCGCGCGUAUCACAGCUUUCGCGGCGGGUCUGUCGAUUUGGAAUCCACGUCGUCCGCCUCGAACACGUUGGAUCUGGCGAAUCGGCGAGCCCCGAUCAGGCGUCACUGUUCCGCGCGUUCAGCUACCCUGCCGUCACCGAGCUCCACAUUACAGUCAUCCGAUUCUUCCGGUGUACUGAUGAGCAAAGUUGCUCCGGCAGUCAAUAAGGUACGUUAUUGA